UAAAAGAUUUUUUUUUCACAAAUUUUAAUUAUAUACAAUCCAUAUUUUGUUACCCAUCUUUGUUAAUUCUUUAGUAAAAUUGCAGUAAUAUAUACAUUAAACCAUCUAUUGAAAAAGAAAGUAUUUCAAUGUCUUGUUCAAGUAAUAAUCUGUCAGAACUUGCCAUAUCAGCUCGAAGGACUGAAUCGUUAGAUGCUUCUGAAAUAUCCCAACUUGUCACAAAUCAAACUUAUGACUUGUUUGGAAGAGUCCAUAUUGCGCACAUUAUAGAGAAGGCCAACUUGGCAGUGACACUUACUGACAACACAAAUGCAGUUGUAGGACAUGCAGCAUUUUACGAUCAACCUAACUGGAAUAUUUCAAAUGACAGGCAUUGGAUGUGUUGGCUAAAAGAGAAUUUUAAUAUCACGACAUGUGAUCCUGUUAACAGUCUGUUUAUGCAUUACUAUGUAAGCAAAGAAGAAUAUUCAGAAGGCGUCAUAAACGAAAUUAUAAGAACUAUAUUUUAUGCUGUUCCUUUGUUGCAUUUUGUGAUUCUUAUUGCGCCUGUUUCAUUAAAUAUUGACAAAUCCAUUUCAACUGUCUUUGAACCAAUCGAGAGAACAUCGGAUUACAAUGCAGACCACCAAGCAUAUGUAUGUCACAGACAUAACCAUUGUCCUGUGUUACAUAUAAGGGAAGCUAGAAUUGAAGAUCAUGAUGACUUGAUGCCAAUUUUUGAUAAACAUAACAAUCACCUAACAAAAAUUUAUGGAGAAUAUUUUCUUGCUGAAUUAAUCGAAGCCCAAGAUAAUGAUAAUAAAUGCAUUGUAGCGGAUGUAAAUGGGACUGCAGUGGGUUUUAUGAGUGUAUCAACAAACGUGAACACAUCUAUACUGAAAGAAAAUUUCGAACUUGAAGUUUUUAAUUACUUUUUGAAGAAAAUUGAAAGGAAAAAAGAAGUCAUACAUGAAAAAAAAGAAGAGCCAAGCAGAACUAGUCUUACACCAUCAAAUCAAGAAGAAAGCUUGGACACAGAAACUUCUCAUGAAUUAACCACACCAACACCAACAAAUCGACUUCGAUCCCCAAUGUCAAGAAAUAGAGCUUCACCUAUUAAAUCUGCAAGAAGUGUAAAGUUAAGUUCAUCGCAUUUAGAAGAGAGACCUUCUUUUAGCAAGAAGAAGGAAAAGGAACCUGAGGUUCAAAACAUUACUGAAGUAUUUGAUGUGGAGAGUGUAUUUUGUAUACAGCUCUACUGUAUUGAUGAAAAAUAUGAAGCAAGGUCUAUUGAUUUCUUACCUGUCAUAUUUGAUCUCUUUAAAGACAAAGAUUUUGCCAUAAUAACUGUACCUCAUACAGUUCCAGAGUUUCCACUGAUACAAGCCUUUCAGCGAGUUUCACCAAAAUCAAAUAGUGUGUUACCGCAAGAGCUAUAUAUCUUCAAUAGAAAUGGAUUGCGACGAUCAUUUCAAGUACGUACUUGCCGAACUGGGGACUUUAACAGCAUUAAAAGUUUAACUGAGACAAUAUGUGGACAUGCUGAUAUUUUGAAGGAUGUAAAGCAAUACAAUGAUUACCGAAGAGAUGAGGAUGGUGUAAGAAUCUAUGCUUAUGUUGCUGAAGUCAUUGGACAGAUAGUUGGGGUCUGCAUUUUUCGACAAGAGAAAGACAUUGAGUAUAUUCUUUCACAUUACAACAUUGAAGAUUUUGUUUACUAUCGUCUCCAUGAAUCGAAUGAGCAUGUUCACUUGCAUCACUUUGUUUUAAAUCCAAUAUUUCAACAUUUUUCUAAAUACUUUUUAAAGGAGAUUUUUUAUCUUUCUAAAGCAUCAUGCAUGUAUUACCCGCUUUAUACACAAAGCAAUGAGAAGAAGAAUACGAAGCCACAUAGUUUGAUAACUUGCCUAAAUGACAUGGUACCAGUAAGUGCACGACGUCAAAUAAUCUAUCCCGUGGAAGAUUUAAUGGGGAACUCACCUGUAGAACAAGUUCUGUAUAAUAAGGAGCCAUACGCUUUGUAUCACAUGAACAGAAAACUCACAUUAGAACCAAAAGUGGUUGUGAACAUUCGAAUUGUGGUUGUUGGUGCGUCAGAUACUGCUUUAUCAGCAUUGCAAACACUAGUUUUCUGCCCACAUUUGAAUUUCAACAACUUGAUUUUGAUAUCCGAAACAGAAGCAUUUGAAAUCGAUGGUGCGUUUGAUAAUCUGAGAAAUGCAUUUAUACCUCAAAGUUUUGAUUUCAACAGCAAACAGAAGGCCUUGAAAUCUCUUAAGACUUGGGUGAAUUUUGUGAAAGGGAAAUUAACAAGAAUUGACAGAAAAAACAAAUGUCUUACAAUAGAUGGUUCACAUAAAGUUCCCUAUGACCAGCUUCUGUUGUGUACGGGUGAACAAUACCAUGCAACAAUACCUACAGGUGCAGAUGUUGAACAGCUAGUCACAACUAGUGAAGCUGUACAAAUAAAACGACGUCAGCCGCCUGAAGUUUUUAAACCAGAAAACGUAUUCGUCCUGAAUGAUUUGCAGCAAUGCUUCCAAGUUCAAGAAUGGCUAAAAAAUUCUUUUAAAACAGAUAAAAUCGUGGUAUAUGGCAAUAGUAUUGAAGCUUACACGUGUAUCAAUGGCUUGCUAACACAAGGUGUGGAUGGUUGUUGUAUUCAUCAUGUCCACUCACCAUCUGUGCUACCAUCUUGUUUUAAUGAACCACAUGUUGACGAAAUUGUAAAACAAGAAUUAGAAAAAGCUGGCGUUCAAUCCUAUUAUGGCUACACCUUAGCAAGAUGGAACAACGAUAGUAAGAAUGAAGAAAUUUUAAAAGUAGCGACCUUUACAUCCGACACAAAGCCGCUAUCACUGGAAUGUCAGGCCUUUUUUUGCUUCGACAAGAAAAGUGUAGAAUACAACGCGUUUAAAGCAAUUAACGACAGCUGUUUGGUAUUCGAUGGGAAACUGGUUAUUGAUUCAAAAUUUCAUACAAAUGACGAAAAUAUACAAGCUGCUGGCCCGUUGACAAAAUAUGCACGACGUUACCAUAGCAACAAUUGGACGCAUGCUAACUUUAACUCACGGGAAAUUGGAACCAAAUUGGCUGAAUCUGUUUUGGAGUUAGUUGAUCCAACCUUAGACGGUGUCAUUGAAACAAAUGAUGGAGGUUUGAUACCCAAGUAUACAGAACCAAAGGUGAUAUCCUGUCAAUUACCAGGUGGUUAUAAUUAUCUUCAUAUAUGGAAGCCAUGUGUUAUAACUGCAUUGGAACAACUUCGAGCUCAACCUGAUUAUGGACAAGAUUUGGUGACGGGAAAAAUGGCAGGAGAUGAUGGGCUGGGCUAUUUCAGAAUUCAUGUUAAUCAGCAUAAAGCUGUUCAAGAUAUAACUUGUCUAUCCAAACAGCCAAUCAACGCGACAAACUUGCUGUGUUUGUAUGGUAUGCAUGAACGAUACCUAAACAAUAUGGUGCAAAGAUAUACUGAAGGAUUAAUCACUGAUUUUUACAGCUAUUUUAAUGAAUCAUGGUGUUUGGCUAUUUAUCACGACCGUUUCAAAGACUUCAGAAAUGAGAUACGAGAGAUUUUAUCCACACCUGAGGGUUCUGAAGUUUUGUCAGUAGAAGAGAGAGUAAGGCGUAUGGUUCGUGAGGACGUUUCUUUAUGCGCUGAAGAAAAAAGCCAUCUAAUGGAUGCUUUCGUUGGGAGUGGGUGCAAAAUGGCAAUGGAAGAAAGGCUGAAUUGUUUUCUCGAUUAUAAUAAGUAUCACUUGCCUAUGUUUGCCAGGCCUGCGAUGAUGUAAACGUUUUUAAGACGAAGCAUGACGAACGACACGUCUACAGAAUGAAGUUUAGUGUUUAUAUUACCUGUUUAUAACAAAUGUUUUUGUUUUUGACAUUUUUAUUAUUUAUUAAUAAUAUAUUUCGUUUCCAGUUGAGAAACAAAUUAA